AUCCCCCAGCGCUCCCGGCCCAGCCGCCCCGCAGUGCUCCAGGAGCCCAUUGGCAAAUCCCGCCCUCGGGAAGCCCAAUCGCCGCCCGGCUCCUUCAGCGGGGCCGCGGCCGCGGAUCACGGAGACGGAGACAGGGACGGGGCGGGCGAUGCGCGGAGCUCCGCGCGGCUCCGCGGCCGCCGGGCACAGCCAUGAACCUGGGUGAUGGACUGAAGCUUGAAACUGAAGUACUGGAUGGAAAGCCUAGGCUAAUUUUAGCUGCUUCUGGAGGAAGUUGUCAUUAAAUACUUCUUUCAUAUGUUUGUGUUUGUUUCCCAAAAGACAAAUCAAAGCCUGCAGUGAAGAUGGGGAAUAAAGCCAGAGCACCUAAACAGGCAUUGAGAACAAGGCACGCUGGGCAUGUCCUGAGGUCAACACAAAAUGCUUGUAUCAAGCAGGAAAAUGUAGCAAAACCAAGAAGUGAAUCAAGCUUAUCAAUGACAAAAGGUGAAAAACUGCAAGUUGCUAAACACUCAUCACAUGAAGCCACAACUAAAGGUCCCUCUUUGAUUUUCCAAAGAGAUGGCACACACAGAUAUCCUGAUUCAGAGGAUCCUAACAUUGUUAAAAAAGCUAAACAGAAACCUCAAACCCCAUCUGUAUCAGGUGAAGACUUGACAAGUUUGGUGUGUUUAACACAAGAACAGCUCCAGCAGAUUUUGAUGAUUGUUAAAGAAGGAACUAGAAGCAUCUCUGAGACUCAUAAUGAAAAGCAAGAGGAAAUGGCUACUAAUGAGGCAUCAGAGGAAAACGUUGUAGCAUCACUCCAAAAAGACUGUGAAGUUUCAUCAGUUCCAGAUGAAGGGAACUGUGAUUCAAGCAGGAAACAAGAAGCACAUCCACAGCCAGGACAGAAAGUUAUAAAGGAUUCGUGGAAACCUGCUGACAUAUUUAGUACCUUGGGUGAAAGAGAAGGGGAGAAAGCCUUACUGGAAUUUAAAAAGAUCCAGUGGAAGAAAGAAUUAGAUGAACAGGUAGCACUGAAGAAGAAACUGAAAGAAACCUUGGAGGGAGAAGUGGGAUAUUUCUGGGCAGAACCUGGCAAUAAUAAAACCCAUAAAGAAAAAGUGGAAACAGCUGACCCAGAUCAGACAGUGUUUCCAGCUGACUCAGUCAAUGCCACUGAGGAAAACUGUGCCUGUACAGCUGCUUUAGCCACAGAGGCUGAUGAAGUUCCACUGAAUGUUUCAAGAGCUCCAGCUGGGCAGUCUUCUGAUUUCAGUUCUUCUGACUUUCCAGCUGGCAGUUGCACAGCAUUUGUUUUCAGGGAAGCUGUGCCACAGGAACGACCUUUCAGUGCUUUGAAGCAUGAGCAACAGAAGAAGUGGCUUGAAGAGUUGGACAAACAGAAGGAAGAAGCUAAACUACGAAAAAUAGAAGAAAAACUUAAUUUAUCAAAGGCAGAAGAGCAUGACAGAUGGGCAAUGCACUUUGAUUCUUUUAAGAACCACCUUAAUGCUAAUGCACAACACCCCCUAAAUGGAAUGCACAAAAAGCAGCCUGAAAGUCUUUGCCUGUCACCUGACCCUAAGGAGCUGACUGCUUUUAUUCACCCUUUUUCACCUGCAGCUUUAGGCAAUAAUCUCAUGUCCUUAAAGGUGGGAAAUGCAGAAAAAGCUGCUAAAAAUGGAGCUUUGGAACAGAGUCAGAAAGUCAGUUUCCUCCGUUCAAUGACAGCUCUCCUGGACCCUGCACAGAUUGAAGAGAGAGACAGGAGGCGGCAGAAACAGUUAGAACAUCAGAAAGCAAUAAUGGCCCAGGUGGAAGAAAAACGGAAGAAGAAACAACUGGAGGAAGAGAAGAGAAAAUGGGAGGAACAACAGGAAGAACUGCGCCUGGCACGAGAAAAAGAACAACUGCAGAAACAGUUUGAAGAAGAAAUGCUGAAACAAAAACAAAAGGAGGAACUCGCAACCCUUAAAACCAAAGAGCUCUAUCAGACAAUGGAGAAAGCUCAGGAAUUAGCCCAGAGAUUAAAACAAGAACAGCACAUUCCAGACGUGGCUCAGAAGGCACAUGACAUUUCCAAAGUUCAGAACAAUCCUGGUGGUGGUGAUAUGCAGUGUGAAAAUUGUAAUUCUGGCAUUUCACGUCAAAGUAACAAUUUCUGUGAUGAUGUCAAGAGCCACAGUGAGCAGCAGUUUUCUCCUCGGAAGGACACCGCUGUCCAGACAGAUUACUUUAAUACUGCAGCAUACACUGAGUCGGCUGAGGAAAGAACUGUGCGUUGCGAAUCACCUGAUAUUUCUAUAGAAUAUAAAGAAACCUCUAACAGCAACAAAUACCAGAAGGAAAUGCAAUAUAUAGAUAAAAAUAAAAUAUCAGGAAAAGAGACUGGUAGCACUUACAGUGACCUAUAUGACCAAUAUGCCAGAAAAGAAAGACAAAUUAAAUCUUCAGAAAAAUACAGCAAAAGACCUGACUGGAACAUAAACAAGCCUGGGAAAAGAUACAUUCCAGCAUCAGAAAGAUACCCUAAACAACUACAAAAACAAAGGGAAGAAAACAAAGUGAGGCGACAAAUGGAGCUGCUUCAGUUGAUGGAAAGAAACACCCCCGGACACCUCUGGGCAAGGAAGGGGGGGUGUUUGGACAGGUCUCCCUCACCUCGGGAAGAAACAGCUGUGAGGAAUAAGGGGCACAGAAUCAGGAAGGAAGAACAAUUUUAUAAGAAUCACUUGGAUGAAGAAAGAUCCGAAUCACCACCUGUUCCAGCAGUUAAGAACAGAUUACUCCAAGUACAACAGAGACAGAUCCAUGCUUCUAAUUUCCCGGUGCAUAACAACAGUAGCAGAAGAGAGAAAAGCAUCAAGGCAGAUGCCGAGCAGAGGAGCUCCCCUCCUCCCGUCCCCGAGGCUGGAAGGCCUCCCUCGGCCCAGUUUAUCCCGUAUGUCCGAACUAAUGAAGUGUAUUAUCUGGAUCCAGAGGCACCAGUGACCAGACCUUCAACACACGACCCACAGUAUCGGCACUUCCACGAUUCUUACCAAAUGCCACGACAGAUUUUUAGCUCAGAUCACAUUAGAGAUCCUCUUCUAAAUCCUGAUGUAGUUAGAGAGAGACAACAUGCAAUUCUCAAAGGAUUGUCAAAAUUACGCCAGGGCCUCCUGCAGAAGCAGAAGGAGUUGGAGAACACUCUGAUUCCCACUGUAGCUCAAGAGAACUUCAUUCCACCAUUUUGAGAGGUACAUGUGAAUGUUCUGAAUUCUUAAAAUGUAAAUGCACAGCACUUUGCUACUGUAAUUAAUUAUGAACCUAGCUUUUUUAUGAAAUUUAAAUUAUGAGAAUUUUGAUAGAUGACAGGGUCACAUUUUGAUACUGAAGGUACAUUAAACUAAUGGUGGUGUGUCUGUUCAGAAUGGUCUUCAAGAUGUGAAUUUAAUAUAAACCACCAAAACACAGAAGAAAACUGUUACAUGGGGUUUUGUAGAACUCAAGUGUGUGUAUUUUGAUAAAUAAAAAGAUUAAGAUGUA